AUGUUGGACCCGUCGUCUAGCGAGGAGGAGUCGGAGGAGCUGGUGGAGGAGGAGAGCGGCAAGGAGCCGCUGGCGCCCGCCGCGGCGCGGCUCUCGCCCAGCCGCCCCGGCGAGGGCCCGGGCGGCGGCAGCGGCGGCGGUGCCGGCGGCGGUGGGAGCGCCGGGGGGCUGCAGCCCGGCGGGCGCGGCAGCAGCGCGGCGCGGCCCGCCAGCCCCAGCCCCUCGGUGGCCAGCGAGAAGGAGAAGGAUGAGCUGGAGCGGCUGCAGCGGGAGGAGGAGGAGAGGAAGAAGAAGCUGCAGCUCUACGUCUUCGUCAUGCGCUGCAUCGCCUACCCCUUCAACGCCAAGCAGCCCACCGACAUGGCCCGCCGGCAGCAGAAGAUAAGUAAGCAGCAGCUCCAGACAAUCAAAGAUCGUUUCCAGGCCUUUCUCAAUGGAGAAACCCAGAUUGUGGCAGAUGAAGCAUUUAUAAAUGCUGUCCAGAGCUACUACGAGGUAUUCCUGAAGAGCGACCGCGUUGCCCGGAUGGUGCAGAGCGGAGGCUGCUCGGCAAACGACUCCCGGGAGGUCUUCAAGAAGCACAUCGAGAAGAGAGUGCGCAGCCUGCCAGAAAUCGACGGCCUCAGCAAGGAGACAGUCCUGAGCUCCUGGAUGGCAAAGUUUGAUGCUAUUUACCGUGGGGAGGAGGAUCCCCGGAAGCAACAGGCCAGGAUGACAGCGAGCGCUGCCUCGGAGCUCAUUCUCAGCAAGGAGCAGCUCUAUGAGAUGUUCCAGAACAUUUUGGGGAUCAAGAAAUUUGAGCAUCAGCUUCUGUACAAUGCAUGUCAGCUGGACAACCCUGAUGAACAAGCAGCACAGAUCAGACGUGAGCUAGAUGGACGUCUCCAGAUGGCAGAACAAAUUGCCAAGGAGCGCAAGUUUCCCAAGUUUGUGUCCAAAGAAAUGGAGAACAUGUACAUUGAGGAGCUGAAGUCAUCUGUCAAUCUCCUGAUGGCAAACUUGGAGAGCAUGCCUGUGUCUAAAGGAGGCUCUGAGUUCAAGCUGCAGAAGCUUAAACGUAGCCACAACACCUCAAUAAUUGACAUGGGAGAGGAAAAUGAGAACCAGCUUUCCAAGUCAGACGUUGUGUUGUCAUUCUCCCUGGAGGUUGUCAUCAUGGAGGUGCAGGGGCUGAAGUCACUGGCCCCCAACCGCAUCGUGUACUGCACCAUGGAGGUGGAAGGGGGGGAGAAGCUGCAGACAGACCAGGCUGAAGCCUCAAAGCCAACCUGGGGCACCCAAGGAGACUUCACGACAACCCAUGCACUUCCUGCAGUGAAGGUGAAGCUGUUCACGGAGAGCACAGGAGUGCUGGCUCUGGAGGACAAAGAGCUUGGGAGGGUCGUUCUCCACCCUACUCCUAAUAGCCCAAAGCAGUCAGAGUGGCACAAAAUGACUGUUUCCAAAAACUGCCCUGAUCAAGACCUGAAGAUCAAGCUUGCUGUGCGAAUGGAUAAGCCUCAAAACAUGAAGCACUCUGGGUAUUUAUGGGCCAUUGGUAAAAAUGUUUGGAAGAGAUGGAAGAAACGAUUCUUUGUCCUGGUCCAGGUUAGUCAAUAUACAUUUGCUAUGUGCAGCUACCGGGAGAAAAAAGCAGAACCUCAAGAGCUGCUGCAGCUCGACGGAUACACUGUGGACUACACCGACCCGCAGCCAGGUUUGGAUGGUGGCAGAACAUUCUUCAACGCUGUGAAGGAAGGAGACACGGUGAUUUUUGCGAGUGACGAUGAGCAGGACCGAAUCCUGUGGGUCCAAGCCAUGUACCGAGCCACUGGCCAGUCUCACAAACCUGUGCCACCUACCCAAGUGCAAAAGCUAAAUGCUAAAGGAGGAAAUGUACCACAGAUAGACGCUCCAAUCUCUCAAUUUUAUGCAGAUAGAGCUCAAAAGCAUGGCAUGGAUGAAUUUAUCUCUUCCAAUCCCUGUAACUUUGACCACGCUUCACUCUUUGAGAUGGUUCAGCGCCUCACUUUGGACCACAGACUUAAUGAUUCCUAUUCUUGUCUGGGCUGGUUUAGUCCUGGCCAGGUCUUUGUGCUAGAUGAGUAUUGUGCACGUAAUGGAGUGAGAGGCUGUCACAGACAUCUCUGCUACCUCAGAGAUUUGCUAGAGCGCGCAGAAAACGGAGCUAUGAUUGACCCCACCUUACUUCACUACAGCUUUGCCUUUUGUGCAUCACAUGUUCAUGGCAACAGCCAACUCAUGGCAGAAUUACUUGGUGGGUCACAGCCAAGUGCAGACGGUGAGGGGGGCAAAGCCUCUGCCGCUGAAACGGAGACAAAAAAGGAUUCCAAAAAGGAGUCCAAAAAAAAGAAGGAGCCCAAAACCCAGCCGAAUCCAGAGCCAAAAAGGCCUGACGGGAUAGGAACUGUGACUGUGGACGAGAAAGAGCGUUUCGAAGAGAUCAAGGAGCGGCUCCGGGUGCUGCUGGAGAACCAGAUCACACAUUUCAGGUACUGCUUCCCAUUUGGCCGUCCAGAGGGUGCACUGAAAGCCACUCUGUCACUGCUGGAAAGGGUUCUGAUGAAAGACAUAGUUACUCCGGUCCCUCAAGAGGAGGUAAAAACAGUCAUCCGUAAAUGCUUGGAGCAAGCAGCUCUAGUCAAUUAUACUCGACUAUCAGAGUAUGCCAAAAUUGAAGAGAAUCAAAAGGACGCAGAGAAUGUAGGCCGGUUAGUCACACCAGCUAAAAAGUUAGAAGAUACAAUACGUCUGGCAGAGUUGGUAAUUGAAGUCCUACAGCAAAACGAAGAGCACCAUGCAGAGGCCUUUGCUUGGUGGUCAGACCUGAUGGUUGAGCACGCGGAGACCUUCCUGUCGCUGUUUGCGGUGGAUAUGGACGCAGCGUUAGAGGUGCAGCCCCCAGACACCUGGGACAGCUUCCCGCUCUUUCAGCUCAUUAACGAUUCCCUCCGUAGUGACUAUAAUUUGUGCAAUGGAAAAUUCCACAAACACCUCCAAGACCUGUUUGCUCCACUUGUUGUUAGAUAUGUCGAUCUGAUGGAGUCCUCAAUUGCACAGUCAAUUCACAGGGGCUUUGAGCGGGAGUCAUGGGAGCCAGUAAAGAGUUUAACAAGUAAUCUGCCCAAUGUGAAUCUACCAAAUGUGAAUCUCCCUAAAGUACCAAAUCUACCAGUUAACAUCCCACUAGGCAUCCCACAAAUGCCUAGCUUUUCUGCACCGUCAUGGAUGGCUGCUAUUUAUGAUUCUGACAAUGGAUCAGGCACCUCAGAAGACAUGUUCUGGAAACUCGAUGCCCUACAGACCUUCAUUCGGGAUUUGCACUGGCCUGAGGAGGAGUUUGGGAAACACUUGGAGCAGCGCUUGAAGCUUAUGGCGAGUGACAUGAUCGAGUCCUGUGUGAAAAGAACAAGGAUUGCAUUUGAAGUAAAACUGCAGAAAACCAGCCGAUCAACAGAUUUCCGAGUCCCUCAAUCAAUAUGCACCAUGUUUAAUGUCAUGGUGGAUGCCAAAGCUCAGUCUACAAAGCUUUGCAGUAUGGAAAUGGGCCAAGAGCACCAGUACCAUUCAAAAAUAGAUGAACUAAUUGAGGAAACCGUCAAAGAAAUGAUAACACUCCUAGUGGCAAAGUUUGUCACCAUUUUGGAAGGAGUCUUGGCCAAACUGUCUAGAUAUGAUGAAGGGACUUUGUUUUCUUCAUUCCUGUCAUUUACUGUGAAGGCUGCUUCCAAAUACGUGGAUGUACCCAAGCCAGGAAUGGAUGUUGCUGAUGCCUAUGUGACUUUUGUCCGCCACUCUCAGGAUGUCCUGCGUGAUAAGGUCAAUGAGGAGAUGUAUAUAGAAAGGUUAUUUGAUCAAUGGUACACCAGCUCCAUGAGUGUUGUGUGCACUUGGCUGACAGACCGCAUGGACCUGCAGCUCCACAUCUACCAGCUGAAAACCCUCAUCAGGAUAGUCAAGAAAACGUACCGAGAUUUCCGAUUGCAAGGCGUGCUGGACUCCACCUUGAACAGCAAAACCUACGAGACCAUCCGGAACCGGCUGACAGUGGAGGAGGCCACGGCGUCGGUCAGCGAGGGCGGGGGGCUCCAGGGCAUCACCAUGAAGGACAGCGAUGAGGAGGAUGAGGAGGAUGACUAGGGGGAGCUGGAGCACCGGCUGGGGGUCGCCUGGUAUCCGUGCAUGUACCUCGUCUGUAACUCAGUUAGCCACAUUAGGAAUUUUUAUGUCAGCUCUAAAUGCCCAUGAGAAGUUUACCAAUACAAAUGCCAUGUUAGCUGUGUGGUAAUAAGAUUAGCACCUCUCUUUGAUUCAUCAGUUUCCUAAUUUCAUAUCUAUAUGUUCAUAAGCAAUAUGGAGCACCAUUGUUUAAUACUGUUAAUGGAAAAACUACAUAGAAAACAUCCUAGGUGUGUCCCUGUUAUUAAAGUUUAAACAAUGCUUCAUUAAUGUACUGUAUAUACAUUGAUGGUAAAUUGUUGUGAAGAUGAGUGACUCGAGUCCUUUCAUUUCUUUCUCUUCUGUGGAUGCCAACUGCUUAAAAUUAAUUAAAAAAACAGCUUUGUUUUUAAAAGAAAAACCAGGCAAUUACAAAUGAUUUUUUUGUUCUCUCUCUGUUAAUUUAAAAACCAGAAAACAAACAAACCCAGACAGCCGUUUGAAUCAUUCUGCAUCCUUGUUAAAGUACCAGGCUCUUCCCUUCAAUAUGCAGUUAACUCCAUAGAGACUACAUCCCAAAGGAUUAGUCAUUCUAAUUGCCACACCAGAUUAAUCCUAUCAUUAUGGAUAUAUCAUGCCACAUUACAAGUCCAAAGCAGUUGUUUUAUGUUGACGUUUGCUCCUCUAAAUGUUACAUUUUUGUUUAAAUUUCAAAUAACAGUGUAUGUACAAAGACAACUUUAAUUACAAUCUUAGACUCUACAAAUGUGUUUAUAAUAAUAUAUUGAAUAUUUAUUUCAGUAGAUUGUAACCAUAAUUUACAACUCCUCUGUUUCACAAUGGUUUUUAUAUAUGUCAUGUACAUUGCAUUUUGACCAGUAACUGCAUGUCCAUCAGUUCCUUCUCCAGAGCUUUUACUUUCUGUGUAAAAUAGUGAUCCAUCUUGCUUUUUUUGCCUUAUACAAGCCGACAGUUGUAAAAGUGUGAGAACUGUGGCUUCUCAAUAAAUAACUAUUCAGAUGUCCUAAUAAUAAA